AUGAAAAUGGUGUUUAACUACAAAGCUUCAAUUUCUGCUGUUGCUGAUCGUGGCAGCCUAAUUCCUGGUCUGCCUGAAUCCCUGGAGCAGAGGACAUGCUCUCCUCCUCCUGCUCUGCCACUGCCCUGCCUCCGUCUCCUCCACCCCACACGUUUCUUAGCCUUGUGUAGAGCUCAGCAGAGAUUUCUUCAUGAAGACUGGAAUGUGUUUAUAUAAUAUUUUAUAUAUUAUUUUAGGCUCCUGCUACUCAAAUAUAGGCAAACGCUUAACCUCUUAUUCGCCAUCGUUAGAUGAACUGUGGAAUUGCUGUAGGAGACAUCAAGUCAGGUGGAUCUAAACCAGCUUCUGUUUUUCCUGCCUGGAAGGUUCAUCCUUCAUCAUUUCCCUGGCAAGUGUGGCUACCAAGAGCAGGUUUUCCAGGCCAGGAGUGUUUAGUGGGAGCGUUGUUUGUGACCCACACUGGUGAAGCAGUGCUGGGCUGGGCACAGUGUGGGCUCUUCUGUGUGGGAGGCAUUGGGAAGGGGGUGAUGUGAGCGGGCUCAGUCUCUGCAAAAGCAGGGGUAGGACAGCAGUAGGAACACUGGGCAGAGCUGCUGAAAAGGAGAGAACAACCUGCUGCACUAAAUCACAGCUCCCCUGGGGACACAGCUCCAUAGUUAGCAUCCUCAAACGGCAUUCCUUUAUUACGGCAUCAUUGUGCACAGCCCUCUAGAGAGGAAGCAAACGGUCUCUAAAACAAUCUGCUGGCAGCUCAGGCUGGAGUGUUUGAGGUUUUCCAGGGCUCUUUUGCUGUGUCACUCUUCCCUUUAAUGUUCCAGCUUGAAGGUUGUUGUUCUUUCUCUAUCAAAGUGCGUUAAAGUGCCGGUAAGGGUGUCUGCUCCAAGGACAAGGUGGAGAAGGCAGCAGCCCAGAGAGAACAAGAGAUACUGCAGAACAGCUUUGUUCUGGUGUAAUCUGUCUUAUCUGCAUGUGAUGCAAAGACAGGGCAGUUUUCACAAGGCUUGGAGGCUGCGUGGUGACAUGUUUUCUGUCCUUUUAUAAAAUCCACCACGUUAUUUUGAUUAGAGCGCUAACGUAACUCCUGGCAGCCUCAAAUCUCACUGCUAGCAGCUACUUCCCUCCAAAAGGCUGAUGUGGUGCUAACAAGCAGAGAGAUCUUGUGCGUCCUGUUUACAUGGAGCUGGGAAGACAGCGUGUUCCGUGGGAGGUGCCAAGGUAGAGCUGCAGUGGAUAUAAGGUGAAAAAACUCUGUGUGUGUAGACAGGCUGUGGUGGGGCGUGUUCAUUUGUGUUUGGUGGUGUUCAGGAACUCCAGUUUUUAGGUGGCAGAGACACGGUGAAGCUGAGUGUGGGGCAGGCAGAGCUGAUGGGGGAGCCUGGGGUGUAGCCCAGGAUGGACUGGCUGUGACGACGACGUGCCUUAGCCGGAGAGGUCGUUACCAUGAAGAGUUCCUGCAGAGCUGGCCUCCACAGGGAACCGCUCAAUUCCACAUCCUCCACCUUCCAUCAAGUCAAACGGGUUUCUGGUAUGCACUUAAAGCCAUAUCUCAAGUUACAGAAGAAAGAGCGAUCCCCAGAAAUAAGCCAGGAUUCCCUGCGAGGCCACCAGGGACCAGCACAAGGAGAAAAAUACACCAACUGCACCAAACUGAGCGUUUUCCCAAAACCCUCUCUCGUGACUCCAUCUCAAAAGCUUCUGGGGAUUAUUUAUCCAAAUACUAUGUGCAAUAUGAACGGGAAAGGCCCGGCGGACGGUCCGAGUGCAAGGGAGAAGAAGAACGCCCUGUCUGCCACGAUCCACCAGGGAGAAGAAGGGGAAGGGCCGCUGGAUGUCUGGGCUGUGGUGAAACCUGGCAACACCAAGGAGAAAAUCGCCUUCUUCGCAGCCCAGCAGUGCAGCAGCAGCACCCGCACGGGCUCCAUGAAAAUCAAGAGCACGUGGGACAUCGACGGGAGAACGGCCAAACGCAGGAAAAAAUCGGUGGAUCUUAAAAAAGCCAAAAUCCAACUGGAAAGAAUGAGGGAGGCCAACUCCAGGUGCUCCCAGCCGGAGCCUUUCGCCUGCGGCAUCGAGCACUGCUCGGUGCACUUCGGGAGCGACGGCGGGGACGGCGCCUUCCCGGGCCGCUCGCUGUCGGUCAUCGAGAUGGUGGCUUUCCUGGAGCAGCGGGCCAGCGCCCUGCUGGUGGACUGUGCCAAGACCUGCACGGCCGCCCCUGCCACCAGGCCGGGCGCCCAGCCCAAGGCCCUGCCCGGCCCCGAGCCCUUCUCCUCGGCCGCGGCGUGCGAGGCGCCGGCGGAGCGGGGUCCCGGCGAGCCGCAGGGCGAGCCCGUGCGCGUGCUGGACAUGGUGGCCAGGCUGGAGUCCGAGUGCCUGCGGCGGCAGAGCGAGCGCGAGGCCGGGAGCCUCUCCCGCAACAACAGCUUCCGCAGGAACGUGGGCAGGGUGCUCCUGGCCAGCGGCACCCAGCCCGAGGGAGAGGUGGGGAAGGGGGUCCCGGCUCAGGGGGACGGCCUGGGGGAGGCAGGGGUGGCCGAGGCUGGGUAUGGAGGUCGCUGUGGCCCUCUGGGUGACACCGAGCUGUGGGAUGGCGGCGCCUCUGCCCAGCAGCCGUUUCCUUCGGGGCUGGAUAGCCGGGUGGGGAAUGUGAGUUCGGGACUUGCCCACGCGGUGUUGGCCAUGACAGCUGGCAGGAAUGACGCUGAAACACGGAUGGAGCCCCCCAGGGCUCUGCUGUCCCUGUGUCCCCCUGCUGCCAGGCUGCCACCGGAUCCCUUGCAGAGCAAGAACGCGACUGUUGAUUGUACGUCGAAAGAGCCUGUAAUUUUCCCAAAGCAUCCUGCUAGGAAGGAGCCCUUGUGCAUCAGUAUAUCAGUCACCAAGACAGAGGAAGGGUGCAGGAAGGAGAAGCUCUCCAGUUCUGGUGAGGAUUCACUCCCAGGGAGGCUGUUUUUCCUCCAGCGUGAGCAGCCUGCUGCUCACGAGCUGCAGCCACGGCGGGAGGGUCCCCAGGAGAAGCCGGGGGAAGUGGCCCAAAACGAGGAUGAAGAUGCUCUGGCAUCUGGUAGAUCGUGUGUCAGAAGCAGUGUCCCUACAGAGCCAUCGGCCCCUUCUGUCCCUCCCACAGAAGGGGCUUUGCAAGUACUUGAUCCUUCCUGCCUAAAGCGGCAGGUUUCACAUGACUUUCUGGAGACCAGGUUUAAAAUCCAGCAGCUUUUGGAGCCUCAGCAGUACAUGGCCUUCUUGCCUCACCACAUCAUCGUGAAGAUCUUCGGGUUGCUUCCCACCAGGAGCCUGGUUGCCCUAAAAUGCACUUGCUACUACUUCAAGUUCAUCAUUGAGUAUUACAACAUCAGGCCGGCCGACUCGCGCUGGGUGCGCGACCCUCGCUACCGGGAAGACCCUUGCAAGCAGUGCAAGAAGAAAUACGUGAAGGGGGACGUGUCCCUGUGCCGGUGGCACCCCAAGCCCUACUGCCAGGCUCUGCCCUACGGGCCUGGCUACUGGAUGUGCUGCCACCGCUCCCAGAAGGGCAUCCCGGGCUGUAAGCUGGGUCUCCAUGACAAUCACUGGGUCCCCGCCUGCCACAGCUUUAACCGCGCCAUCCAUAAGAAAACCCGAGGAGCGGGAGCAGAGGUGGAAGAGGAAUAUUAGUGCACAAACACUUUCCUGCAAGAUUGUUUGGGAGAGGAGGAGGAGGAGGAGAUUCUCAUGCCUUGUGCUGUUUACAGUGUAUAUAAUUGUCGUGAUUUUUUUUUUUUCCCCCCACAGGGCUAUGAAACUGCACAUACUCAAACACAAGAGCCUUUACCUUUUAGAUUAAAAGAGAGCUUUUAGUCCAUCUCUGUAAAUAACACUAUAAAAACUAAUUGUACAUACAGAGUCUACAGCUGGCUGAACAAGGUAACCCCUACAAUGCAGCUAUCCCAGUGUUGCGGCUAUAGGUGUGUGUGUUUUUAAGUGUCAUGUUUCAAAAUCUGUAUAUCCUGUAUAAUAUAUGAAUGUUUCUGAGAAGAAACUCUAAAUAGGUAAAGGUCAACUUGUUUAAAGAAGCUGCAGACAACUUAACUGGACAACCUGAAGCUUAGACUAUAGAACAGAUCCAUUAUAGUAGCGUGGCAGUGGAUUAAAAAAAGAAAGAGAGGAAUAUUAUUGUAUAGUCAAAAUAUAAAAAAAGUUCUUGUCUACCUUACCCAUGUUGUCUGGUUGGGUUUUUUGGUUUUUUUGGUUUUUUUUUUUUUUUUUACAUAAAUAAAAUGUGCAUUCUAGAUCUGCCUUACCAGACUUUCUCUUGUAAGACUUUUGCCCCACAAUAAAAAUGCUGUAAAACACGUGGCAGAAACUUGGUGCUGUGCUGUAGUUCAGACGUGCAAUGUGCUUUCUCUAGGAAACCUCUCCUCCUACUAACAAAGGAACAAAACCCCCCCAGAUCUCUAGUACUUGGAGAACUCCCUGCUGUAACAAUCACAGAUUCCAGCUUUUCCUUUCCUUCCUGCCAGCCCUGCGUGCAGCAGAGGCUCCUUUCAUUGGGAAUUCUGGUGCUAGGUGCACUUUCUGCUCCCCCUGCUCCUUGGCUGUUGUCUGGGCACCUGCCCUGUUCCCUGGAUGCUCGAGGACGGAAUGUGGGUCCAGCAGGAUGAGUGUGGAGUUGCCUUGGCUCUGUGAUGUGCUGGAAACUUUGCUACCUUCUCUGUAUGGGAUUUAUUCCUUGUAGAAGACUCCUUGCAGUCCGUUCCUGCUCUGCUGCAGCCCUGGCCUCUCCCAGUGCCGCGGGUCAGCGCUCUGCUCUCCGGGGAAGCUGCGGAGGUUCGUGUCGGAUGAACGGCGAUUCCUCACGCUCAGAACGGGAGCAGAGCAUGGCAUCCGUGGCAGAAUUUCCCUGGAUCCUUUCCUGUCCUGCAGUGCUGUGAGCCAGACCUCAGCCUCCUGUUCCAGCCCUCGCAGGGUGGAUGGUUUGGAAGCCUGGGAAUGGACCCCGGCCAGCGCAGCAGCCGGGGGAGCAGCAGCCGCGUUCCAGGGAGCGCAGCAGAGCGUGGCAGCCGUGCCUUUGCCCUGGCCACGUCCCUCCUCUCCCCAACUUGGUGCUGUUGCUGUUCCUCUGCCCCUUCUCAGGGCACAGAUGGACUCCUGGCUCUCACCAUUCCAAAUAUCUGUCCUGGUGCAAGAAGAGCUGGUGCCACCUUCCCUUGGGGCUCACCUCUGUCCUGCAGACCCCACGGAGCUGCUGGAAAGGGCAGGGAUGGGGUGGCCCUGCACCUGCCUCGUCCUUUGGUGAUUCAUUCUUUAUCCUUUGGUGCUGGAUCAAGGUGUGGAGAACUGCUGGCUGUGGGGGCCAGGCUGAGCCACCCACCUCCAGCUGCCCUGGGCUCACAGGGAGUGACUCGCCUGCUUUCGGAGCACAAGGAGGACAAAAGGGUUUGAAGGCUUUUGUUCUUUCCUUUAACAGUGGGAGAAGGAAAAUCAAGCCCUGACAGCCUGAAAUGUGGGUUUGGUGAGCUCAGGCUUUUCAGGGAAGUUUAAAGGAUGUGCUGGUUUUAUAUUUUGCCUUCACCUGCUCCUGCCACCCACCGGGUGUCAUCCGCCUCCCCCCCGGAGCUGCUCAGCCUCCCUGCACUGCAGACAUGAUGACAACCAGGAGGAAUGAAAUUAGGAAUCUAAAAGAAGGGUGUGGCAGCCUUGUAACCGGCUGGGAAGAGGGAGAGGAAGAGCAGGAUCCCUCCUCAACCCCUGACUUCAUCCCCUAACGGGGCUCAGGCUUCACCCAAACUUCCAUCUGCUCCCUCAGCUGCACCUGGACCAGCAGCACAACAACCUCCAGGCUGUUGUUUUGCCAAAGCCAUGGGCAUCAAAAGCCUCCAGCUUAAUUCUGAUGAGGGGAAAAGGGAAAGAAGCUGCUUUCCUGCUCCCCCACCCAAGACUCUGGAAAACUUGAGGCUGACAGCAGCGAGGAAAGUCCCUGCGAGGCUGGAAUGGAGUGGCAGAGGAAAGUAUUUUGUAAUUAGAUAAGGGGCCAGUGAGGUCAUUUUAUUUGGAACAGGGUGUGAGAUUUUGGUCACCUUUGUUGAACAAGGGGAAAAAUGAGGAUAAAAUAAUAUCAUGAGGCUAUUUUGUUCUUGGAGCAGGUAAAGCCAGAGGACAACUUGCUGUCUCCCCUGCCCCAUCCCUGCCCUCCCCCCAGGCUGGCUGGGGAGCGUGGGCUGGUUUAUACAUCAUUUAUUACAUUGUCUGCUGGAACUGUCCCUCCUGCACAGCAUUGCUGUUAAAAAUUGUUCCACAGAGCAAGCUCUCCAUCCAGAAGUGGGUUGGUUCUGAGUGUGAGCUCAGCCAUGCUGAGCUGCCUGCAGGCUUUUUUUUUUUUUUUCUGUAACUUUGUAAAAUGCAGAUUUCUGUUUCCUUAAGGGAUGGUUCAGGGAGAAGCCAAGGUCUGAUGAAUGUUGGGUUUUUUUCCUAAGAAGCAAUUAAAAAAAAUAAAAAUACAGUGUUGGAUUUACAAA